AUGUUAAGCGAGGUGGGUUAACAAAUUGAAGUAAUGAAAUGAUAAGUGAUCACUUGAUGGAUGACUUCGUCAUAAAUUAAAAUCACGCCAAUACAAUGUAGAGAGAGAGAGAGAUAUGUCAUUAAACUCGGGGCAUAUAAUAGAAGAUUGCUAUAAUAGUGUCAAAGUAAUUAUAGUUUUCACGUUCAUUAAGCAAACAAACAAUAUGGGUCAGGAGGUCCUUAUUCUCUCUUUAUCAUUUUCUCUCUAGCUCUUUUCAUUCUGCUCUUUAAAUGAAAGAAUGAAUUUAAGCAUGGUUCCAUAUUCAAAACAAGUAAUGAUGGUAGGAGGAGGAGAUCAAGAUAAUAGUAAUAAGAAAGGCAGCAGCUCUAAUGAAGUUAUAGAUAUUAAACCAGUAGUUGAAGAGAUUAACUGUAAUGACAGUAGAAGGUUUGGGAUUAUCAAUCUAGCUGAACCAUUACUUGAACCAAUUGUAGUUAAACCAGUUACUUCCAAUAGCUCCAACAUGAAACAACAUCACAGCAGCAAAUUUCAGGUCAAGUAUAAAGAAUGUAUGAAGAAUCAUGCUGCUUCAAUUGGUGGUCAUGCUAAUGAUGGUUGUGGUGAGUUUAUGCAAGAAGCUGAUCAAGAUAAUAACAAUGCAAGAUCACUAAGAUGUGCUGCUUGUGGCUGUCAUAGAAAUUUUCAUAGAAAAGAGAUUCAUGGAAGUGGGUUUGUAGAUCAUCUUCAACAACAAGCUGUAGUUAAUUACAAUGGUACGAACCCUAGAUAUGAGAAGACAAAGAAGCAUCAUCAUCAUCAUCAAAGUAGAGGUGGGUUUAAUCCUUUACCUUCACUUUCAUUACCUCAAGUUCAUAAUAAUAAUCAACAGUUUCUUGUUCAACAUAGAAGUAGUAAGAACAAUAGCCCUAUCAAUAAUAAUAAUAUUAGGGAUGCAUUAUUUGGAGAUGAUGAUGAUAAUACUACAACUAUGGAUUACAAUAAUGAAGAUAGAAGAUCAGAAACACCAGAAGAAAGAGUAGGAAUGAUGAGAAAUGGAGGAAGUAGCAGUAACAAUGGUAGUAGUAAUAAGAGAUUUAGAACAAAGUUUAGUCAAGAACAGAAAGAUAAAAUGCUGGAUUUUGCGGAUAAGAUAGGUUGGAGAAUACAAAAACAAGAUGAUAAUGCUCUUAAUCAAUUCUGUUUAGAAAUUGGUGUGAAACGUCAAGUUCUUAAAGUUUGGAUGCAUAAUAAUAAGAAUACUCUUAGAAAACCUCAGUUCCCAUCGUCAUCAGCUGCACUACCAACAUCAUCGUCAGUACCUGCUGCAGCUCCUGUAGUAAUGCAACUUCAGUCUCCACCAUCACCACCACCAACUUCUCCUGCGGCUCAACAUCAUCAGCAUCAUCAUCAACAACAACAUCCAAGGUCCAUUAAUGGUGUUUGAUUUAUACUUACGUCAAAUCGAUCUUCAAGUAAUAAUAGUAAUCUUUUGCUGAUUGAUUGAUAUUUCACUAUUAUUUGGUUUUAUGAUUACGAUUAGACUUAAUUUGUGCUCGUGUGGUUUUAUUAUGUUAUUAUUAAUGUUUAUAUAAGGAUUAAUUAA